CAUCAUUUGACUUCACAGUAACCAUCAGUUGAUACCAACCAUUCAUUGCUACGGGACUAUGAAUGACGGCAACAACACCGGCACCGUUGGGACACUCAUCCCGACGCCCAACACCACCGCCACAGCCAUCACCACGGGAUCAGUUGCCUCAGCGGGCGAUCACCAGCGCUGCGAAGACACCACAAAUCUAUGCCAAUUUGAGCACCGGCAGCCCGUUGAGAGUCUGGUGACCAUCGUUUCGCGGACACAGAUUCCGCCACUACAGCAACAGCAACAACAACCGCCACAACAACUACAACAGCCGUCCACUGGUGGCCACCCGGUUAUGGGCGCUCCGCCACCGGCCUAUUCAACCAUUCCGGGAACGGUUCCGCUGUAUAUGUCACGUACGGCGGGUCCGCCGCCCUCUUAUGACGAUGUCAUCAAUCCGGAAGCGCCGCCUCCGUCGUACCACUCCCUGUUUGGUCAGGUGCGUGAGGCCCGCAAGUCGGCCUCAGGUCUCUGGGACUUUGUCCGGAAGCUGAUCCUACUGUUGAUUGGCACAUUGGGCUGCACGAUGAUCAUCGGUUUCACCCUGGUCAUACCGCUGUCGAUGAUCAUCAUCGGCACCAUCUAUAUGAACGAGUGUCGCGUUGAGAACAUACCGGAGUUCCUGUUCAUCGGCGGCAUUGUCUGGAUCUUCAAGAACAUGAUGAACGUGUGGGCGCAGUGUCGACGACAGGCCGCCGCCACCGCUGGCGGACCGCACGGCCAGAACGGUGUCGACGAGAUGGAGCUCCGGUACCGCAAACACGAGUCACUGUUGAAUUGUUUUCUCUUCGGAUGGUUUGUCGCAGGUUGUGUAGUGAUAUACAGGGCGUAUAUCCCGGACUUCGAGGACCGGACGAGUGUCCGCUACUGUAACCGCACAGUCUAUAUGUUCGCCUUCUGGCUGAUAACGUCGACGUUCAUAGGGUUCGCGCUGUUGAUGACAUGCCUGUGCGGCCUAACCAUGUCUGCCGUGUUUGCGAACGCCAACACCGCCAACGCCGACGAAGAGCUGCCGGUGACCACACCCGCCGACACCAUCGCCGCCAUCACACGCGGCGAUCGCCGCCAAGUGGUUGACGGCCACAACCCGUAAUGUGUGGACUCGCGCUAGUGAUGGACAGCACACAUACACUCACGCAUACGUAUACCGCACUCUCGACAUACAAAACCCCCGACUGAUUGUGAU